AUGGAUUCUCAGGGAACUUUGAAAAGACGCCAGUUACCUAAGCUAAUGGCUUGUAUGACUAAGAAUAGUCUAGAAAAUCUGAGAAACAGAGCCUUAUUUGGUUUAGAUUCAUUAGAUGCGAAAGGAAUUCGAAGGCGGAAGUUACCCUUACACGAAUGUCUUAUUUUAGAACUGAGAGAAAGUGGUUACACUGAAUCAUCGGAUUACUUACAGGAUCUCAUAUAUGAUAACCUGCAGCUUCUAGCCGAGGAUGACAUAGGCAUCGUUGUUGAUCUUAGGAAGAAAGAAGACUAUUUAGAACAUAUCAGUGCAGGACUUAUAAAGGCGGAAAAAUAUCGUGACAAAGAUAAUACAAAAAAGGAAUGCUUAGAGCUAUUAGGGCUUGCAUUACAUUAUGCUGAAAAGGGAAAAGGAAUUUUAUGGCUUGCCGAGAAAUUUUUCCUAGCAGCUAUUGCCGUAUCUAGUCAAUAUUUAAUAGACGGAGGACGACAAAAAGGCUGCUGUAAAUAUCACUAUGCCAGUUUUUUACUUGACAAAUUUCCAGAAGCAGAUCCCGAAGAACCCUUUGAAAUUCUUACAGAAGUAAGGGAUAGUGCUAUAGGAAAGGACUGGCUUUUGUACGAGCCUGAGAAUGAAGACGAUGAAGUUCCAUCAGACACUUUAUUUUCUGCAACUGCAACACUAUUACAUAGAGUAUUACUAAGUAAAGCUCGCACAUGCAGAGAUACCGACUCCGCAAAAUCGGAGACAUUAUCAAGAUUAGCUGAAAGAAGAGCACGUGAUGCUAAUGAUACACCGAAGACAGCCGAAGCGAUAAUAGAAAUUGGUAUAAGCCAAUUACUAAUGAAUAACUUGAAUAACGCUCAAAAAACUUUUUCUAAAGCUUUCAAAAUCUAUGAAGAAAGUAACGAUAUCGACGGUCUGUGUGAGACACGAAUGCAUUUGGCAGCUGUUAUGCAAAGACUCGGUGAGUAUGAUGCAGCUUCAAAGCUCCUAACAGAAAUGGGGGCGCUUGCAAUGGAACACGGUCUUCGAAGGCAGCUUGGUCGAGCUUUACACCUUUUAGGCGAGUUACAUUUGAGACGCGAGAGACCAGAGCUGGGUACUCAGCAUUUAAGAGAAGCUUUUCAAUGUUUCAUGGGAUUGGAUUGGCAAAUUUCGUCUGAAACAUUUGUUAGAAAACAAAAAGUAAACGAGAGCAGCUUAGAUGUUAUUUACAAGACACAUAAUAUCGAAAUCUAUGAAGAGGAAGCGGAACAGUCGAGACUUAUGAUGGCCAUAUCAGCUGGGCAAGAACUGAUGGCUUCCUAUUUUAAUUUAAUAAGAGAAUCAGGUCACUGUACAGUGGCAAAAAUCAAAACGGUAGAGUGGAAGUUAUCUCGUGUGGGGUGGUGGGUACCUAAACAACAUCACGAAUUCAUCCCAUGUAUUUGCCCACUUCAUAACAGAACCCCCUUAGAUCUAUUACGGAUUCAAUUGGAAAAGAAAAAAAUGACAGCAGAACAGUCCGAGGCUGAUGCUCUACUGGGUAGAAUUGAUACUGUGGAAGACAUAACAAAACUUCGAAGCAGUCAAGAUGAA